GACAAAGUUUGAAUGAUAAAGUUUUAUUAUAAUGAUAUUUUUUCAUUUUUAUAUGAUAACAAUAUAUCUAUUAAAUAUUGAUAUAUAAUAUAUCUACUGACUGGCGUCCCAUCUGGAGUUAAUUCUCCCGGUGUUGCCGGGAUAAGCUCCGGGUCCAGCUUGACACUGAUUGAGAUAAAGCACUAAUAAAAUGAUUGAAUGAAUAUACAGUCCCCUCCAAAACUAUUGGAACGGCAAGGCCCAUUCAUUUGUUUGUACAUCAAAGACAUUUGGGUUUGCGAUCAAAUGACGGAUAUGAGAUGAUGGUUUAGGAUUUCAGCUUUUAUUUCCUGGUAUUUACAUCUAGAUGUGUUAAACAACAUAACACAUAGAACCUCUUGUAUCAGACCACCAUUUUUUAGGUGAGAAAAAGUAUAGGAUCAGAAGAAGUCAUCUUGAAGUAAAGUAAAUUACACAUAAUAAUAUUUGGUUGCAUAUCCCUUGCUUGCAAUAACUGCAUCAAGCCUGUGACUCACUAACAUCACCAAAUUGUUGGUUUCGUCUUUCGUGUUUCUUUGGCAGGCUUUUACCGCAGCGUCUUUCGGUUGUUUGUUUUGGGGGUUUUCUCCCAUCUGUCUUCUCUUCAGCAAGUGAAAUGCUGCUCAGUUGGGUUAAGGUCUGGUGAUUGACUUGGCCAGUCUAAAACCUUCCACUUUUCCCCCGAUGAAGUCCUUUGUUUGUCCCUUUGUUCAUAGUCUUCUUCGAACACUUUCAAAUGGUGUAACUAUAGAAGAAUCUUAUAGUUUGGCGUCCCGUCAGUGACUAAACGAUGCUAAGCAGUGGUCUAGUCUGCAGUAUCUUACAAAAACUCUGAGCGUUUAUAAUAGAGAGAAAUUGAAGGUAUACAACUUACAACAUUGUAGUUUGUGGACAUGUUAAAGAUGUAAUGUCUUACGGUUACAACAUCGUGGCACUGAAAGCCGAGGUGCUGCUGAACAAAGUUAGCUAGCUAAACGUGUCCUGUAUAGGCAACUCCUCAGUGAGAACAUGACCUAUCAAUUUAGUGUUAGCCAGCUAGUUUCUUGAUGUAGAUUUUAGGUGAGCUAAUUGUGCUCUUGUUAACACAAUAUAAAUGAGGUAUGUUAGCUAACUAACAAGCUAAGCCUGCUAGGUUUUUAGUUAGCACGCCGACAUUACUGAUUUGACUGUUAGCUACUUAGAGGUGAUGAAAUGCUCACUGCAAAGAUGGAGCUCCUAACCAGGAGUCGUCACUCUAUGAGUAAUUCCAGAUUUAAAGUGACUCCCGUUAGCUAUUAGGGUCUGUGAUAUUGUGUAGGAUUAGUGUUUAGUUGAUAAGUGAAUAAUUUUGAUUGAGGAAGGUGUUUAUGUUCCAGUGAAAUCCACGUCUGUGGAACAUGCUGAGUGUCUGUGAUUCAUAGUUUGUCAUGAAUAACACUCAAAUGGGGUCUUAACCGGCUCAUCCUGAUGAGCAACAAGGCUGAGAUGCACUUAGCUACUGAUGAUAAAAAAGCUACUCUUAAGCCCCUGUUCUGAAGUGUCCUCUCAGUAGAUACUCGUUACCCAAGUGGGGUCCCCAAAACAUGUCGUCUUUUUCCAAACCGACCUUUUAACCUUCAGGCUAGAAUGAUUGUCUUUUGUCCUGGUGGCCUCUGGCGUUGAGCGGUUUUGUUUUGUAUUUUAUGAGGGUAUUAGCGCAACAAUAGCAAGCUCACUCUGUAGCAGAAAUAAAGAGAAAGCGAGAGGGAGGAAAAUCUGUUCCCCAUCACAAUGGCUCAGUUAAAUCAGCACUAAAUAAUGCACAUGAUCGUCAAAACUCGGUCCACAGACAGCAUAAUGAAAGGCAUCGUAAACAAUCGGCACUGUAAACGUGUGUUCAUGUGAAAUUUAUUCUGUUUUGUUUUUUACACUACACAUUCAAAAACAGAAAACUGCCCAAACAGUCCAAACAGGAACCAACAGAACUUUGGUUCUAGUUCAUUUCCCACCAGCUCGAGGGAUGACUGGAACAGUCACAGUGCUUGAACUAACGUAGGUCAUUAACAUCAUCUAAUCAGCCGUUGCGGUUAUAUUAGAUGCAGUGAAAUUGACAAUAAUAAGUUUGUCAACAAAUCUGGCAAGGCAAAGGGUUCAUCAUCAUUUGGCAUUGCUUUACCCCUAACAGAAAAAAGGAAACCAGUAAAGUGAAGUAUUUAUUCAAUGUUUGUGAUUAUAAAUAGUUUUAGAGAAAUUUAAACUAAGAAAUAAAAUAACGCAGUGUUGCGUUUUGGUUUUUCUAGUGUUGCAGUGUGGGUUUGAAGUGUGAAUUUAAUCACGUUAAACAUUUUAUCGAAUUAUAGUUAUGUUUAGUGUUGUGGAAUGUCUAUGAAACAAGUUAGUUCCUGUCAUGACUUGCAUUGUCAACAGUUUAAUAUGUUAUAAACUCAUUCCCUCACCAGCCUCUCUUUUUCCCCUCUUUUCACAACCAUUCGAAAUAUAAUUUUCCUUUUCUUGAAGGUGCAAGAAAGAAAGAAAGAAAGAAAGAAAGAAAGAAAAUAAUAGGAACGAAAGAAAGAAAGAAAGAAAGAAAGAAAGAAGGAAAGAAAGAAAAAGAAAAAAGUAAGUAAAUAAGAAAUAAAAUAAAAGAAAGCAAGAAAGAAAACAAUAAAGGAAGGAAGAAAAAUGUAAAGAGAGUACAUUGAAAAAGAAAGAAAACAUUAAAUAAGAAGGUAAAUAAUAGGAAAGAAAGAAAGAAAGGACAAAAAAAGAAAGAAAUUAAGGAAAAGAAAGAAAGAUAAGGGAAAAUAAAGAAAUAAAUAAAAAGUGAAAGAAAGCUAGAAAGAAAACAAUAAAGGAAGAAAGAAAAAAGUAAAUAUGAAAGAAAGCAAAAAAUAGGAAAGAAAGUAAAGGUGAAGAAAAAAAUUAAGGAAAAGGAAAAAACAUGAGAAAGCAAGAGAGAGAAUAAAAAUAAGAGAGAAAGAAAAAGUAAAUAAAUAAGAAAUAAAAGAAAUGAAAAAGAAAGAAAGCAAGAAAGAAAACAAUAAAGGAAGGAAGAAACGUAAAUAAGACAAAGUAAAACACAUAGAAAUAAAACAAGAAAGAAAAAAAAAUACAUAAAGUAAAUACAAAGUAAAGAAAAUAAGAAAGAAAACAAGAAAGAAAAAAAAGAACAUUUCUUAUACAGUGCAUCUGGAAAGUAUUCACAGAGCUUCACUUUUUCCACAUUUUGUUAUGUUACAGCCUUAUUCCAAAAUGGAUUAAAUUUAUUAUUUUCCUCAAAAUUCUACAGACAAUACCCCAUAAUGACAACGUGAAAGCCGUUUGUUUGAAAUCUUUUCAAAUUUAUUAGAAAUAAAAAACAAAAAAAAGCACAUUUAUAUAAGUAUUCACAGCCUUUGCUCAAUACUUUGUUGAAGCACCUUUCACACCAAUUACAGCCACAAGUCUUUUUGAGUAUGAUGCUACAAGCUUCCAUUUUGGAAUAAGGCUGUAACAUAACAAAAUGUGGAAAAAGUGAAGCUCUGUGAAUACUUUCCGGAUGCACUGUAGCACAGGGGGAAUCUUAUCAUAAACACUGUUUUCCUAGCCCCGCCCCAGUUCCUCUUGGUACCCAAUUUGAUUAGGAACCAAAAAUCAUCGGCUGUACUGUCUGUACUGUCUGUACCGGUUGUACCAGCUGUAUCGUCAGUACCGGUGGCUAAUGGAAAAAAAAUCUGCUGCUUUUUUUCUUUUCCUUUUAGAAGUUUUGGUACUUUUGCAAUGGCUGUGUUGUGUAUUGAUGCUGCUAAACCACUCAGAAUUUCACUCACAGGACAUGAUGUCACUGUGCUGCUUCUGGUUCGUCCAUAUGUGACAGUGACUCUAUUCUGCGUCCUCCACACCUCCGUGUUCCACUGUUUCACUCUCACCCUGCUUUUCUCAUUUCCUCCUCGUCUCCUCGUCUCCUGACUCUGCUGUUUCUCCACUCUCUUAAUCGCUCCUGGCAGCCUGCUUCUGCCAGCUGCUUUCCUGGGGCUCAAACUGAACACACGUGUGUGUAGGUGUGUGUGUGUGAGAGAGAGAGCGAGAGAGAGAGAGAAAGUGUGUGUUUGGUGUGCACUUGUGGGGUUUUUUCAGGGAGAUGCUCCUUGCUUUGGGAAAUUCACAUCACAGUGUUGGAAGUGGCUCGAGGGAGGAUUUGCAAAUGCGCACACACACACACACACACACACACACACACACACACACACAUACAUACACAGACGCUCAGAGUGAGGUGAGGACCAAGAGAAGCUGCUUUAAUUUUCAUAACCAUGGCAGAGGUCAUGCAGGUGGUGCGGGAGCAGAUCACAAGGACCCUGUCCAGUAAACCCACCUCACUGGAGCUCUUUAAGAACAAAGUGAACGCAUUAAACUACAGCGAGAUCCUCAAACUGCGCCAGACAGAGAGACUGCACCAGGAGGAGACGCUCGCACCACCCGUGCUCGAGCUGAAAGAGCGUCUGAAGCCAGAGUUGUUGGAGCUGAUCAGGCAGCAGAGACUGAAUCGUCUGUGUCAUGGCACUCUGUUUCGCAAAAUCAGCAGCCGCCGGAGACAAGAUAAAUUAUGGUACUGUCGGCUGUCCCCUAACCACAAAGUCCUGCACUAUGGAGACGUGGAGGAGGAGACGGAGAUGCCAUCCAUCGAGAGUCUGCAGGACAAGAUUCCUGUGGCGGACAUUAAAGCCCUGCUGACCGGAAAAGACUGUCCUCACAUGAAAGAUAACAAGGGCAAGCAAACCAAGGAGAUGUUGGAUCUGGCGUUCAGCAUUACGUAUGAUGUUGAGGAGUACAGCUUGAAUUUCGUCGCCUCCUCCAGAACAGAUUUUUGCUUGUGGACGGAUGGGCUGAACGUUCUGCUGGGGAAGGAGAUGAGCAGCGAGUCCAUGCGCAGUGAACUGGAGAUCCUCCUCUCCAUGGAGAUCAAGCUCCGCCUCCUGGACCUGGAGAACGUCCCCAUUCCCGACGCUGCCCCUCCCGUCCCUAAACCGCCCAGCAACUUCAACUUCUGCUAUGACUUCAGCCAGGCGGAGCAUUAAGGCCAGGCGACGUGGCGUGACGUCCUACACCUCCUGCUCCAUCCACGAGAAAAACUCUGCGGGUGAUUUGUGAUGGAGCCGAGCGGCAGCGAGUGUGAAGAUUGGGGUUUGGUAUUUUGGACAUGUUACCAGACAGAAAAGCCCACUGACUGAAGAGGUUCUGAAAGAGGUUUCUUUUGAGAGACAGUUAAUUUCAAGGCAUUGUGAGGGUGUUUAAUUAAAAUAUAUAUAUAUAUAUAUAUAUAUAUAUAUAUAUAUAUAUAUAUAUAAACUGUUUUUUUUUCCUUUCCUAAUGGUACUGCACUCAUCUAAUUUCUUCAUUUAAACUUGUUUGAUUCUGUCUUACUUCCUUUAUUCCCCCUUAAACUGGACUGCACGAAGGUACGCCAAUGCCCUAUUUGUGUUGUGUAGGUUGGAAAAUGGGUGAUUUCCUCAAAUCAACACCAACAAUCCAGGCAUAAAUGUCAUAGCCUGGCUGUAGCAUAGACACAGGAACAUCACACUUUAAUGUGUCAGUUAGAUCCGAUCUACUUUGACUGAGAAAGUGCCAUGUUCUGCAAAAUAUAGCUGUUUCAUUACAAAAUUAUCGUGUUCACGUUAUAUAGGAAUUAUGGUCGUUACAAGGCGACGGCUCGGAGGUUCUACUCAGAAAGAUGUCUUUACUGUGGAAAUACGCACAACAGCGUCUGCCAACUGUCUGCCAAACAGAAAGCAAUAUUCUAAAAAUAAUAGUAUAUAACUAUACAGUUGGUACUUGAUAAUAAUCAGGAAUGUUUAAUGGACCUGGGUUGAGUUUAAAAGGUCCCGUUUUCAGUUCACGUGAUGUUACACAUUUCCCAACAAGUAGUUACACUCUUAGGAAAAAAGGUUCUUCAAGGGUUAUUUUACGGUCCAUUUAGAGGGUCAUUUAAGGGUUCUUUCAUUUGUUCUUUCAUCUUCAGUAAGUGUUUAAUCCUGGUCAGGGUUGCGGUUAUUCUGGAGGAUACCGGGAACACUAGGCUUGAGGUGGGAAUACACCCUGGAUCAGAUGCCGGUCCGUCGCAGAGCAUCACACACACACUUACACACACACACACACACACACACACACACACACACACACACUCUCAUACCUUGCGUAGCCAGUCCACCUACUGGCACCUCUAGGAGGAAACUGGGGAACCUAGAGGAAACCCACACAGGGAGAACAUGUGAAACUUCACAUAGACAGUAACCUGAGCUCAGGAUCGAAUAAAGGUUCUUAGCUUAAAAAAAGGCUUCUACUUGGAAACCCUUUUCUAAGAUAAGAACACUCUUAUUACCCUUAAGCGUUUUCUAAGAUCGAAGUUUGCUGUAGACAUGAACACUGUUUUUUGGUUUUUUUCCAAGUGUUGUAAUUACCGUAAUUCCAACAUGACGUGAACACACUGGCUGCAUCAGAAUAUCCGUACUACGCUACUACUACUACUACUACUACUACUACUUCCUCUGAGAUUCUGCAGUGGACACUGUGCUAUCCCAUAAUGCAGCUGGACUGGUACGGAAGAGCAUUCAGAAUCAAAAAUGGCGGAAGGCUGCGUGUGGGCUCUUUUUUAAUGUUGUAGGUCAUGUGACAAUGCCAACAUGGCGGAUGUAGUAUGUACAGAGUAUAUACACAUAUACUGAUCAAUACGUACUGUAUCAACAGCCGAGCAGUAGGUACUGUCACAGUACACGAUUUCGGACGCAGCCACUGUUAAUGAUUGACCUGUGCUGAAAAUAAAAUUUCACAGAUUCCUUAGAAAAUUUUUUUCACAAUAUUGCUAUGCAAAGAAUACGCCUAUUUUUUUUUUCACCCUGAAAUUAGCCCCGCCCCCACCCGGACAACAAAGCUGCUCAGCUCUGCCUGUAUUCCUUAAAUUACCUUAAAACUGAUUAUUUAAAACUGACAGCAAAUUAUUUAUAGUAUGGUCAUGGUCAUCUUAAUGCUUUUAUUGCAAUUCACCCUGCAGACAUUGCAAACUGAUAGUUUUAGGGAAAAUGUUUUCAGGGAAAAUUUCCCAAUCUCGAAGUAAGAGUUUCUUUAAACAUUCAAUGAUAUACAAUAUACUAAAAAGCGUGAAUAUUACCUGAUGGUAGUAAAUAUGCAAUAGUUUACACUUUGACGAGGCACUGAAAUGGUUUUUAUUUUCUACAAAAUCUAACAAUAUUGUGUAAUUAUUGUGUGAGCAGCUAUUGUGGUGGAACAAGACUUUAAUAUUAACAACUGGCACGAACAGAGAAAUGUUUUUUAAGUAACUGGUACAUGAGAUACUUGGCACAUAAUAAUAAUAAUAAUGAUAAUAAUAAUAAUGGUGCAUUUUGCGACAUGUCUUAAAAAUUUCAGAAAUAAUAGAGGUCACAAAUCAUACAAAAUGAUCUUUAAAGCACCGCUGUAGAUCUGACCAACAAUUGUUUUCACUGUUUUCAUUUUAUCUUGUAAGGACAAUAGAAUGUUGUUAAUAAAAGGCACGGUGCCUAACACAAACAGGUAUGUAGCUAUACAACAACUCGACAAACAAAAUUAAUCAUGUGCAGCAGUUCUGUAAAUACUUUAAUGUGAAGAUUCUUCCAAAAUAAUGACAUACAUUAAAAAAAAAAGAAAGAAACCAGGUCAACGUGAUGAACCUUCAUCUUCGUAACAUCAUCAAAUCAGUUGUUUAUUUUAAGCAUCUUACUUUCCUUAAUAUUUCCUUAAUAUCUUUCUGAUUUCAUCAGCAAACACGGUACACUCUGUAAAACAAACGCCUGGAAAUCAUUUUGAGAAUCAGCUCUUCUGUAAAUCAGCACAUUAAUACAGAACCCAAAUAAUCAUAUGAACUUAAAUGUACAUCAAGAAAUGAGGGUACCUGAAUAAAUAUUUUUGCACAGUCCUGUUUUUAUUUAAAGAUAGUUUGACUAAAGUUUUAAGUGCUAUGGGAAAUCGUUUAAGUCCGGUGUGGGAUCAUCAUUAACGGUUUCAGUGGAAUUAAGCUGCUUUCACACUUUUUCCCUCAACCAUUAGCGCAAGUUUUACCAGAAGAUGCUGUCCUGAGACGUAAAUUGCUCAACUUUUCAGGUGAAAAAAAAAAAAGUGUACAAUGACAUCAAAUGCAUUUGAAAUUAAGGGAACACAGUGCUACGUGUGGAAAAAAGAAAAAAAAAAAAGUCUUGUUAGUGCGAAAAUAUUAAUACGUUCAAUCGGAGAUGUUUCAAAGUCAGUGUUUUCAUGUUGCAAAGUAACAAGACAAUCAUUUUUAAGUUUUGCGAUGUUUAUUGUUAUCCAAAUCUUCCAAUCUGGUUAAAUUGCUGUCUGACUGCGUAAAAGCAUGUGCAAGUGUGAAAGCAGCAUUACUUUGUUGUACGAGUGUAACGGUCUGAUGAUUUACUUUGAUGCAUUGAUUUUAAAAGGCAUCGCUUGAAGGUAAUCCUGCAACAAUUAUAAACUGAUUAUUUUCGAAAAAAGUAAACAAACAGCUGGUGUGUGAAAAAAUCAUUCAUAUUCACCCCAGAACAUUCAACACUGAUUUGGUUGAUAUCGAUCCGAGGCUACUAAAUCAAAUUGAAUUAUAUUGUAUUGGAUCAGUUUCUGUGGUAUUAUCAAAUAUCAGAUUGAAUCAAAGUUGUUCCAUAUCAUACUGGAUGAUGAAUAUACUUAUUUAAAACAUAUUUAAAAUGCAUACAUGAUAAAUAAAAUCCCCUGGUACAGUACACUAUGGCUUUACUAUUUGUGCAAUAACAGCAGUAAAAACUUUUCACUGUACCAGUGACAGCCUUUCCACAUGCUGUGUACACAUUUCAGCUUUGCGCCAUCACAAUCAUCUGCAUAACUGAUAUAAUGUGUGUGUGUGUGUGAUAUAUAUGAUAUUAAAGGCAAAUCACUUGUGUUUGGACAACUCACUGUACUCGGGGUGUUGUACUUUACAUAUAUACUGUUAUACUGUAAAGACUGAACACAAUUUUUUUUUGGUAAAAAUUAUUAUUUGUUAACAUAUAGAAUCAUCCCUAAUAACCUGUGUACUCUUUGAAAUGUUUGUUCAAAUGUUGAUUAAAAUGGACUUGUUUAGUAGUUUAUAAAGUUAGAAAAAUGGA